UAAAAAGAAAAUAUUUUUUACAAGGGUGCUACCGUGCUAUUAUUUAGAAGGUGUUUGAAUAGGAGGUCACUGAUCGAAACAGUCCCUCACGGGAACUCUACCUCGGAACCCUAGAAAUGGCCGCUGCUUCCUCGUAUACUGCCCCUCCGUAAUCUCUUCCUCUCACUCCCAUGGACGCCAUUCUCGCCUCUCGUCUGCUUCCAAGUCAUUUUUCUCCGCUGUUCUCGUCUCCUCAUCGAAAUCCUUCGCUCCCGCUAUCUUUGAGAACUCGCCGUAUCAGAAUUCAGAGAUUGCCUUCGAAAUGGCCCAAGUUUCGACCAAAGUUCUCCCCUGUUGGAUAUAAUUUUAUUGUAUUUAGCUCUCUAGAAGCUUCUAGAAGCUCGCCAUGCUCCAAACAAGCACCGAAGGAAGAAGCGGUUGAGCCGGACGGAAGAUUGCUCAAAUGUAUUGCGAAGCGAAUCGCAUUGGCGUUGUUUUGCUUCGCCAUCGGUUUUGCUCCAAUUCGGCCGCUUCGCGUCACCGCAGUCGCCGCUCCGGCGGCGGAGGUUUUGGAGAAGAAGGAGAACGAGGAAGCGAGAGAGAAGGAGUCGAAAUCGGAGGGUCACGAGUACUCUGAUUACACGCGGAGAUUACUACAGACGGUGUCGUUUUUGUUGAGAGCGGUGGAAGAAGCCAGGAAGGGAAAUGGAGAUGUGAAGCAAGUGGAGGAGGCUUUGAAGGCGGUGAAGGCGAAGAAGGCGGAGUUGCAGAAUGAGAUCGUGGACGGGCUUUACGCGGAGCUGAAGGAAUUGAACGGAGAAAAGGAGAGGUUGGAGAAGCGGGCGGAUAAGAUUGUCGAGGAGGCGACGAAGGUGAAGAAGGAGUACGACAUGUCGUCUGGGAGCGCGGACAAAGAGCGAAGGGAAGAGAUGGAGAGGUUGGAGGAGAAUUUGAAAAGGCUAGAUGGGGAGUAUAACUGGAUAUGGGAGAGAGUUGGGGAGAUUGAGGAUCGGAUUUUGAGGAGAGAGACUGUGGCGUUGAGUUUUGGAGCGAGAGAGCUUAGUUUCAUUGAGAUGGAAUGUGAGGAGUUGGUACAAUGCUUUACUCGGGAAAUGAGAAAAAAGAGUAUGGAAAGUGUGCCAAAACCCUCUGUUAUAAAGCUUUCUAAAUCCGAUAUUCAGAAAGAUUUAGAGAGUGCGCAGAGAAAAAACUUGGAACAGAAUAUUUUACCAAGUGUUUUGGAAGUUGAUGAUCUUGGACCUUUCUUUGACAAAGAUUCAAUUGAUUUUGCUGAACGUAUAAAUCAUGUCCUUAAAGACUCAAGGGAGAUGCAGAGAAACACAGAGGCUCGCAUAAGAAAAAAUAUGGGGAAGUUUGGUGAUGAAAAGCGUUUUGUUGUUGCUACACCAGAAGAUGAGGUGUUGAAAGGUUUUCCUGAAGUCGAGUUGAAGUGGAUGUUUGGAGACAAAGAAGUUAUGGUUCCUAAAGCUAUUAGCCUCCACUUGUACCAUGGAUGGAAGAAAUGGCGUGAAGAAGCUAAGGCAGAACUGAAAAGAAGGCUAUUAGAAGAUGUUGAAUUUGGUAAAGAGUAUGUGGCAGAGAGAAAGGAACGUAUUCUUAUGGACCGAGAUAGAGUGGUUUCAAAGACUUGGUACAAUGAAGAAAAAAAUAGGUGGGAGAUGGACCCAUUGGCGGUUCCUUUUGCCGUCUCAAAUAAACUGGUAGAGCAUGCCCGAAUUAGGCAUGAUUGGGGAGCCAUGUAUAUUGCAAUUAAGGGGGAUGACGAAGAAUAUUACGUUGACAUUAAGGAAUUUGAAAUGCUUUAUGAAGAUUUUGGAGGGUUUGAUGGGCUGUAUACGAAAAUGCUUGCCUGCGGUAUUCCAACCGCCGUUCACGUGAUGUGGAUCCCUUUCUCAGAGUUGGAUUUUCGCCAACAGUUUCUCUUGACCCUUAGGCUCUCUCAACAAUGCUUGAACGCUUUCUGGAACGCUGAUACUGUAACAUAUUCAAGAAAAUGGGUUUUGGAGAAAUUCAAAAAUAUAAAUGACGACAUAAUGAUGACAAUCGUGUUUCCUUUAUUGGAGCUUGUGAUCCCUUACCCAGUAAGAAUACAGUUGGGGAUGGCAUGGCCUGAGGAAACAUAUCAAGCUGUUGACUCAACAUGGUACCUGAAAUGGCAAUCGGAGGCAGAAAGGAGUUACAUAUCCAGAAAGAAAGAUGGCUUCCAAUGGUAUUUUUGGUUUCUUAUAAGAACCGUUAUAUACGGGUAUAUUUUAUUUCAUGUGUUUCAAUUUUUGAAGAGAAGAGUUCCAUCACUUCUUGGUUAUGGGCCGAUACGAAGAGAUCCAAGCUUGAUGAAGCUGCGGAGAGUGAAAUACUAUAAUAAUUAUAGGAAGAAGAGAAUCAAAGGGAAGAGGAAGGCUGGCGUUGAUCCUAUAACUCGUGCUUUUGACCAAAUGAAGAGGGUGAAGAAUCCACCAAUACCUUUAAAGGAUUUUGCGAGUAUUGAUUCUAUGAAAGAGGAAAUGAAUGAAGUUGUAGCAUUUCUACAAAAUCCUCGUGCCUUUCAAGAGAUGGGUGCUCGUGCACCUCGAGGAGUGCUUAUUGUUGGCGAGAGAGGCACGGGAAAGACAUCUCUAGCACUAGCUAUAGCAGCAGAAGCUAAGGUUCCUGUUGUUGAAGUUAAAGCACAAGAGUUAGAAGCAGGAUUAUGGGUUGGACAAAGUGCAUCAAAUGUUAGAGAGCUAUUUCAAACAGCAAGGGAUCUGGCACCUGUAAUCUUAUUUGUGGAGGAUUUCGACCUAUUUGCUGGUGUUCGUGGCACCUAUAUCCACACUAAAAACCAGGAUCACGAGUCUUUCAUUAAUCAACUUCUUGUGGAACUUGAUGGGUUUGAGAAGCAAGAUGGGGUUGUCUUGAUGGCUACUACUAGAAAUCUCCAACAAGUUGAUGAGGCCUUACAGCGUCCUGGACGGAUGGAUAGAAUAUUUCAUCUUCAAAGGCCAACUCAAGCAGAAAGGGAGAAAAUAUUGCAAAUAGCUGCAAAAGAAACCAUGGAUAAUGAACUAAUUGAUUUUGUAGACUGGAAAAAGGUCGCUGAGAAGACAGCUCUUUUACGACCCAUAGAAUUGAAGCUCGUACCUGUGGCGUUGGAGGGUAGUGCUUUUAGAAGCAAGUUUCUCGAUAUGGAUGAACUUAUGAGCUACUGUGGUUGGUUUGCGACUUUCAGUGGUUUCAUCCCAGGAUGGUUGCGGAAAACCAAAAUUGUGAAGAAGCUAAGCAAAAUGCUGGUGAAUCAUCUUGGGCUAACAUUGACUAAAGAAGAUCUGCAAAAUGUGGUUGAUCUAAUGGAACCAUAUGGACAGAUAAGCAAUGGAAUAGAACUUCUCAACCCGCCUCUUGAUUGGACAAGGGAGACCAAGUUUCCACAUGCUGUCUGGGCUGCUGGACGUGGCCUGAUUGCUCUUCUAUUGCCAAACUUUGAUGUCGUAGAUAAUCUAUGGCUUGAACCGUUGUCUUGGCAGGGAAUCGGUUGUACAAAGAUCACUAAGGCGAGAAAUGAAGGUUCCGUGAAUGGGAAUUCUGAGUCAAGAUCAUACCUUGAAAAGAAGCUUGUAUUUUGUUUUGGUUCACAUGUUGCAGCACAAAUGCUACUUCCUUUUGGAGAGGAAAACUUCCUGUCUUCUUCAGAACUAAAGCAAGCGCAGGAGAUUGCUACGAGAAUGGUGAUUCAGUAUGGGUGGGGUCCGGAUGAUAGUCCCGCGAUAUAUUAUCAUAGCAAUGCGGCUACAGCACUGAGUAUGGGGAACAAUUAUGAGUACGAGAUGGCAACAAAAGUUGAAAAGAUGUACGAUUUAGCAUAUUUCAAAGCAAAAGAAAUGCUCCAGAAAAAUCGUCAGAUUCUUGAAAAGAUUGCCGAGGAGUUAUUAGAGUUUGAAAUCUUGACCGGAAAGGAUCUGGAAAGAAUGCUUGAGGAUCAUGGUGGGAUUGGAGAGACAGAGCCAUUUUUCCUUUCUGGAGUUUAUGACAUGGAGCCAUUAUCUAGCUGCUUUCUUGAAAAUGGAAAUGCAACGGCAACUACCUUGUUAAGUGGAGCAACGCAAGUCUAGAGACGUGUCCAGCCUUUGAACUAAGUCCGACAUUUAGAUCGAACAGCUCUGCUCUUUUGAUUGUUGAUACAAUACGGGAUCGAACUCGCACCUUCCCAAACCAAGGUCCGCCCAGCUUAUCCCAUGCCGUAUGACAAGUGGUGCCCCAGCUUAUCCCAUGCCGUAUGACCAAGUGGUCAUUGGCUAAGGGCUCUGUUUUUUGAAGGGCUGCUUGCAUUGAUGUUGUUAUAUGUAUUUAUUCUUCUCCUUAAGCAUAUAAGAGAUGAUGUAAAUCAGUUCUAGAGGCAAAUAGUUUUGUGUUGAGAAGAGGCAUAAUUUUUCCUUCUCAACCAACCAAUUGUUUAUACAUGAGUUUCGAAAUCCUCUAGCGCGAUUAGAAAUCAUUCUAAAAUGUUUUUAUUUUUUAUAUAAAAAUGAAAACGUUUUCAA